UGUCGCCUAUCUUUCACAGGACCAAACUGCGUUUCUGAAAAAACACUAACCGACAUAAGUCUAAUAUCGACGAAGAGUGCGGAAAUCCUAUAACAAACCAAUUGACUAACAGUAUUUCAGAGUAAACAAUGGCACGUACUAAGCAGACUGCACGUAAGUCAACAGGAGGUAAAGCUCCCAGGAAGCAACUUGCAACUAAAGCUGCACGUAAGAGUGCACCAUCCACUGGUGGAGUGAAAAAGCCUCAUCGUUACAGGCCUGGUACUGUAGCACUCAGAGAAAUCAGAAGAUACCAGAAAUCGACCGAGUUGCUUAUCAGAAAAUUACCAUUCCAACGUCUAGUUCGUGAAAUUGCACAGGAUUUCAAAACUGACUUGCGAUUUCAAAGUGCUGCAAUUGGAGCUUUGCAGGAAGCAUCAGAAGCGUAUUUGGUUGGAUUGUUCGAAGACACAAAUCUGUGUGCAAUUCACGCCAAACGCGUCACAAUAAUGCCUAAAGAUAUUCAGUUAGCAAGACGAAUUCGCGGCGAGCGUGCUUAAACAGUUCAUGUUUCAGAUUCUUUGGAUUCUUUCUUUUCUCAACUUCAUGUUAUUUUCACAUUCUUGAAUCAAAUUCAAAUCUAUUAUAAUCAAAUUCAUUGUGACUUAGUUUUUUUUCAUAAACCACUACCAUAGGUAAUUACACUGCCAAAUUCUAGAAUUCAGAGAUAAAAUAUAUAUCUAACCAUCAUAUCAAGUAGUUUAGUCGAAGACGUUUAUAAUUUAAGUAUAGGCAAAUAUGCAGAAAGCACGAUGCGGAGUAAGUAGUUUGUGACGAAUAGUAAUAGCACUUUGCAUAAUUCAUAUUUUAUUAUGUACAAUUAUAAGUAAUGUAAGCCACGUAUAAGCAAUAUAAUAUAUGUAGACAAUGUUUUGCCUGAAAAAUGAAUUAUGUACGCUAUUCGUGAUUAAUACACUUUUCAAAUACAGUUUUCUAUAUUACUGUCAAAUUAGAUCUUAGAUUAGAUUAAAUUUAUAAUGUAUAAGAUAAUCCUUUUAUGCAAGUAAAUACAAACGUGGCCUUUCACUGAAAGGAGCCAAGUGGCAUUUCACUGAAAGGAGCCAAGUGUAUGAAAAAUGUUAUAAUCUAUAUGUUAGUUGUAUUUGUAAUAUUAGAUUAUCAAAAUUGAUUUGGACGUA